AUGAAAACUGAAAAAGUGGCGGAAGACUUAGGAGGCUGUAGUGCUUUGAAAAAGGAUAAUUAUUGGAUCAAUGAAGUAGAUGCACUGUUUAUGGAAGUUCUGAAAAAUCCGCGCUUGCGCAGUUUUGUUUGUGUGAACACAAAUGGAGCUGAGGUUUUGUGCGAUAUAUCGAGGUACCUGGCGUAUAUUAUGACUGCAGAAGAAGUGAGUGAGCGAUUGAGAAUGCCACUUUCCGAAGUGACCCCACAAUGCUUUGAUAUUGUUCAUGAAGAACAGGCAAAGGAGCUAUAUGGCAAGCUUGUUGCAAUGAAUGGUUUGGAACAUAUAGCCAGCUCAAAGAUUCCGGAACCACCAACCUAUACAAAUGGAUGGAAAUAA